GUCGGCAGCAUUACCGCGUUGGUCAUCAAUGCAGCUGCGGGCGCUCGCUUCUCUGGGCAGUGGUUUGCUUGCCCUGCUUGGUUUUUUGGCCCACGGGCAUUCUGCAUGCGGUCCAUCAGGGCUAUAGGUGUGUGAGCUGCGGCAAGACAGCAGACCUCAGUCCUGGUUAUGUCGGGCGAGGGCCGCUGAGUGAUGAAGUGUGGCGUUGCAGGGAGUGCUGGGUGGAUUUUUAUGCCCACGGAUUGGAAGUUGCACCCAGGAAGGGCGCCAGAGUUUUUGCCUUAGGACCUUCGCACUUUGAAAGGAAAGCCUUGACGGCUGCGGGCUUCCCAUGGCAGGAAGUGGGUGAUGGGAACAUUCUGGAAUUUGGGCCAAAUGGUCAGCAGCACGUCCUGGGAGUGGCGUCAUUACCUGUUUACAAUCAGAUCACGUUGCAUCUUCUGCGGCGGGCUUAUGGUGCCUACGACCAGGUAGUUUGGUGCGUCAGUAAUUGUUUUUUUGGGAAUAAGGAUAUUGAGCGCCUUAGAUCGCUGGGCGGUAAAACUUCUCCAGAAGAACUGUUUUUGUGGUCAGACUUCUAUGCUGGGAAUGUAGACAGAAAUCUAAUCACCCCAGAAAACACGGACUUGCUUGUACGUCACUCUGCCCGCUGUAUUGAUUUUAUCUUGAGUGAAAUGCCACGGACCAAGCUUCUCUUUUGGUGCUUGGCGAAAAGGACCUUCAACAAACAGGGACGGUCCAAGCAAAUUCCUGUGCAUGGGCAGUACGAAGCAUUUAUCCAUCGAUAUCAGGAGCACAGCCUGGAUGUUCUGAAGUACCAUGGGAAAGACACAUUCGAUCAGGUUUGUUGUCAGGACCGUUCAGGCCAUCCGACUUUUUCCGGCUAUGCAACAAUAAGUCAGCUACUAGAAGAUGCGUGUGCAGAUUGAAUCUGAAUCCUGAUACAGAUUACUUGCAGCAAGAGACAAACGUGUCUUUUGCUACAGUCUUGUUCCUGCUGAAGAAGCGUUGGCUUUGUGUCCCAGCAUCCAGGGUACCCCUCAAGGCAUUCAAAAAAGAUGUUGUCCUCAGUUCCCCGUUCACUCGAUGACAAAGAUUUUCUUCCGGGAGAGUUGGGUCAGUGAUGGUCAGAGGGUGUGACCGGGCCACGUAUGGACUCUGAGUUGUGUCGACAAAGAGGCGAUACCAAUGUCAGGACUAUCAUUGUGAUUGCGGGUCAGCUGGUCUGUUUGAAAGCAAAGAUCACGCAAACUUUGAGUAGGCAAAAAAGAAUAGGACAAGGCACAGACAGGCGAGUACAGGAAAGCGUCUGCAAGGUUUUAGUCACUGCCUUCGCAGCUUUCAUUUUCCUGUUUCUGGAAAGAGCCUGGACAAAA